GUUCUGGGAGGCUCGUGGAUGUGGACCGGAGCUCGUGCCGCUGCGCUGAGCUGCGUGAAAAUACGGUAAACCUGUCGCUAGCUUUCAGCUACGCGAGCUUUAGCAGGUCCUACGCGACAGAAUCUAGAUUUAAGCGAGUAUCGAGAGGACCAAAAACUUGAAUGACAUUGUAUAAGCGCGAUUGUUUGCAGAAAUAAGGCGAAAGAUAGAUAGUUUGGACGCAGGCUAACUGGCUAAGUGAGCCGUCGGCAAGACCCCACCACCCAAAGAUCGAAACGGAGAUUAAAGCCAACAUCUAAUCUAUCAAAGAGGAUAACCGAUGUCACACAUACCAAUCCUCUAAAGCAGCGACGCCAAUGAACUGACAGGUGGAGUUUAUUUCCAUUCUCUCCAGCACACCCACUGGAAGGCCCCAACAUUGGCUGAGUGUGUGGAUACUCUGUGUUUGAGUGCGCGUAUGGUCAGCUGAAAGACGAGAGAACUUCACAGUGUCAGAGAAGAAAGCGCAGGCAUGGCUCAAGGCACUCCCCUGAGGCCGCGUCCCCCUGAGCUCCUUAUGUAAUGCCUUCUCAUCUGCUAAUAGACGUCAGCUGGGCCUGAUAAACUCACACGUACACAUUCAAGGAAGUCUCUGAAGUGUCCCAAGGGAGAAGUUGAACUCUUGUCCAUUGUUUUCUGUUUGACCUCAUCCUCCUUCAAUCUUCACAUACUCACCUGUGAAUCCCAGGAUUCCUCUGAGCUCCAAAGUCUUCUUUUUCGGAAUCGCUCCACUGACCUGGAUCGGUUCCCAGGAGUUUUGAGGUGUGUGUAAGCUAAGCGCUGCUCUUUCACCUGUUUUUUUUUUUUUUUUUUGUCUCUGUGAAAGCUCCAUCAAGAGAGGUGUUUUAGCUGGAGCAUUCCUCUCAUUAAUGCACCUUGACUCAAAAAGCGAAAAUUUGAUCUAAUCAGCCAUGCAGGUGUAAGCCUGCUUAUUUGGGAAGAUACUGGCCUGUCCUUCGAAACGAAACUGUGGAUUAGCAAUGCUUCGACUCUGGAGAGUGACACGUGAGGUUCCAUUAUUUAAGGUGCAUUGUAGCACACUUGUUGGUUGAAAUGAAGGAAAGACAUUUUUAUAUUUUUUGAGUGAGGAUGGUGGGGGGAAAUUGUUAACGGUUGGUUCCUUCAUUGUUGUUGCCCCCUUCAAAACUGAACUGCACCAAAACUGAGAAAAAUCCUCCUGUCCCUCUUUUUUGUCUUUUGCGGUUUCAUAUUUUUUUUUCUUUUUUUUUUUUUUUUAAUCUGUUUUGGUCUUUGUUUUUUCAACUCCCAGUCCACAGCAGAAAAACUCCAGAACAUUAAUAGAAUACAGUGCUGCUUAUCAAAACAUCAAACUGAAAUAUAUAUUUAAAAUAUUUGUUAUCUAAAAAAGAAAAAAAGCUAAUUCAUACCCAUUGUUCUCCUCUUACCUCUUAUUUUAUACAGUAACACCAAAUUUCUAAAAUACAUUUUUAAAACACCACUAAAGAACUGAUUGAACCCAAUUGAUUAUUAUUUUUUUACAGCCUUUUGAAAUUAAAUGUUUUUUUUAUUGUUUUAAAUGACCCCAAAAUACUUAAAAUUUAAAGAUUUUGAGCAUUUCUUUUUAUUUUGUUAAAUGCUUUAAUAAUUUAUAAGUGUUUAAAUAUCAGAAACUUAACUCAAUUUGUUAAAAAUCCAAAUUUCUUCAGUUUACUUCAUUUUUUUAAAUUAUUUUAUUAUCAUUUUCAACUUAGAAAAUUUUUUUUUUUGUGUUUUUGCAACAAUGCUCAUCUUGUGGCCUCUUUGUAUAAUGCUGAAAGGACAGCGACUUCUCCGCUAGUCUAUCUUUGCGUUUGUGCUGUCUUGACAACACCAACACACUUCCAAACGGAUAAUUUUCCGGAGCACGCUGCCAUCCUGCCCCCUGGGUGAUGCCGAGCGGCAGCAUGAGUGGGGGUGUGUCUGGACCCACUUCUCCACCCCACCCCACUGCUCCAUCCAGACCUCUCCGGCCUAGUCGCUACGUGCCAGUCUCUGCGGCAACAGCCUUCUUGGUCGGAGCAACCACCCUCUUCUUCUGCUUCACGUGCCCUUGGCUUUCAGAGCAGUUUUCUGUCGCUGUGCCAAUCUACAAUGGCAUUAUGUUUCUGUUUGUUCUGGCCAACUUCUGUAUGGCCACCUUUAUGGAUCCUGGCAUCUUCCCUAGAGCUGAGGAAGAUGAGGAUAAAGAGGAUGAUUUCCGAGCUCCUCUUUAUAAGACUGUGGAGAUUCGAGGCAUUCAAGUGCGGAUGAAGUGGUGCUCUACUUGCCGUUUCUACAGACCCCCACGUUGCUCACACUGCUCCGUGUGCGACAACUGUGUGGAGGAUUUUGAUCAUCACUGUCCGUGGGUCAACAACUGUAUCGGCCGGAGGAACUACCGUUACUUCUUCCUGUUCUUGCUCUCUUUGACGGCUCACAUAAUGGGCGUAUUUGGCUUCGGCCUGCUUUUCAUUCUCUACCACACCCAGCAGCUGGACCGAGUGCAUUCGGCUGUCACUAUGGCUGUCAUGUGUGUCGCUGGGCUUUUCUUCAUCCCAGUGGCAGGUCUCACUGGUUUCCAUGUCGUUCUGGUGGCAAGAGGCAGGACCACCAAUGAGCAGGUAACAGGGAAGUUCCGGGGAGGUGUGAACCCCUUCACAAACGGCUGCUUGAGGAACGUUUCACACGUUCUGUGCAGCUCACAGGCACCCAGGUAUCUUGGUAGAAAGAGGAAAGCUCAGACAGUGUCUGUUCAGCCUCCUUUCCUCCGACCGCAGCUUACUGAGGCUCAACUGGCAGCCAAGGUGCUCGACAACGGAAUCCAAGGAGACCUUCACCGGUCUAAGAGCAGUUUGAUGGAGAGUCAGUCUGCUGACGCCGAGCCUCCACCUCCACCUCCACCUAAACCAGAGCUCAGAUACCCUGGGCUGUCCCGAGGACCUGCCGGACACUCUGAGGAGAGUAGUCUGUUGAAUAAAGCCCCGCCCACCCCCACCAUGUUCAAGUACAGGCCCACAUACAGCAGCCCGGGCAAGAACCACACUGCCCUCACACAUGCCUACGCCAACCAGAUGAGUCGUGGGGACAGUCUUAAAGAGUCCUCUUCCUCUCUCCUCCAGUCCAGUCAGCAGCCAGGCUAUCGCUCUGAGCCCAGUCUGGAUGGGAACGAGGGAGGUGGAGUGGAGCGAAGAGGGCCAGAGCGAACACCUGGGGGUCCUGGAGGACCUCCAGGCUCUGGGAUCGCUGGAUACUCCCUAGGAGGGCGUUCGUAUCCCUCCUUCUCUGACCCCACAGUUCUCGCCGGAGGGGCCCCGCGGUCCUCGCGGUCCUCCAGUGUUCGCUCUUCCCACAAUGCCCCUCCAUCUGAAGCCACAACCUCCACAAGCUACAAGAGCUUAGCCAAUCAGACGCCACCGCCAGCUCCUCGGAACGGCAGUCUGUCAUACGAUAGCCUGCUCACAUCGUCCGAAAUCCCAGAAUUUGAGUCGGCAGCACCUGAGAUGUCACCAGGCCGACCGCGCACGCCUGUAGUUGGAUACAGUUCACCUUUCCUGUCAGCACAGAUCGCCCAGCAGCGGGAGACGGAGCUCCACCAGCCGUCUGCCUCCAGCGCUGCCCUCCUCGCCUCACCGCAGCACACUGGCUAUCUACGUGGCUCCACCACUUCUCCGCCCGCUCCACCUGAACGCGAGCGGGAACGCCUGCUGCACGACUCUCAGCAUCAGCACCACCACCACCAUCAUCACCAUCACCAUCGGCCGCCCCGCUUCUCUCGACCUCCCCUGCUCUCUGACUCGGGCCCGCCUCAGCCCUCAUAUCCGUACCGCACGCGCUCCACUGACACGUCCCUGCCGCCCAGCGCUCACCCGCCACACUCGCCACACCCUCCGCCGCUGGGGAAGUCUCUGUCUUACUCUAGCGCUGCCGCUGCAGAGAUGCAGUACCGCCUGGUCCGCAAAGCCUCGGCCUCGGUCGGGGGAGGGGGCAUACAGGCGCCAAAGGACGAGAUUCAGAUGAAGUCGUAUAGUCGGACAAACGGGCAACCGAAACCUUCCUCCCCCUCGUCCCCCUCUCAUCCUGCCAGCGUGUCCACUCGCCCAGGUCAGGCAUAUUCCAGUGCUGGCUCUUCUCAGAGCCCCGCCCACAAGCCUGGAGGCGGGGUGAAGAAGGUGACUGGCGUCGGAGGGACCACUUACGAGAUUUCUGUGUGAGAAAGACUGGUUUGACCCGUGUUGUCCAGAAUGGAGACAUGGACUCAUGUUCCUUUGACACAGCAGAGAAAACCCUGUUUGGUGGACAUUUAUUAGUGCCUCCUGGAAAGAUCUGAAAACUUCUGUCCUCUGCUGUUAUUUUUUGACCAGCAGGUUUUGGUUCGAUAUGACAUAGAGGAGGAGGAGGAGGAGGAGCAGGGGGUCAUUCAAGCCGUGAUAUAGUGGGACUUUUGGACUCCUCACCAGUAAGGAGCUGGAGCGAGUUUGAUGGCAUCAGUUUGAUGGCAAAGGACCAGAUUGCCUUGAAAACAUUUCAGUACAUUAAGACAAAAAAGAUUUUUAUCCAACAUAAAUGUGUAAAUUGUUCUGUAUAGACAAAAAAUGAUCAGUUGUGUUAAGUUUUUUUUUUUUUUUUUUAAUCACCGAGUGGAUUUUUACAAAAGAGGACCUGUGGCAUUCAGUAGACAUUUCAGACCACCGUGUUUGGCUUGCGACAAUGUUGCGUCCGUAUCCAAUCAACACCAGUGAAGCAAAACAGUAGAAAAGAUAAGGAAAUGGACUAAAGCAUUAUUUAAAUGACAGCAGCCUUUUCAAGUUCAAGUAGUGUUUUCUGAGCAGUGGCUUUGGAAAUUCAAGGAAGUUUUUAUUUAAUUUAUAAAGUGUUAUUUUAUAUGACUUUAUAAAUGGCUAUUGAUAAAAUCUUUUUUCUUUACUUUUUUUUUUUUUCUACAACGGCUGAUAUUUGUUCUCUGUGGACUUUUAUCUAAUCAAAUAGAGAGAUAAAGAGCUGAUGGCCACAAACUGGAAAGAGAUCAGCCUGUAAUCAGAGGGUUAAUCGUAGCAUAAAAAUGCAUUUGAUAUGGUGAAGCCCAAUAUGUGGGGCAUAUUUUACAUUUUAUCCUAUAAACAUUGAUUGGCUGCCUCUUAGAUCUGAAUUAUUUUUUCAUUUUGUUUUAUGUUAAUAUGUGAAAGCCAAAUCUCUUUGGUGGCCUUGUCUAGCCAUGUUCCACGUAGGAUUUUAAAGCUUCCUGCUCACGAUGCCACAGAACAAUGGGGAACCAUAUCCAUGCCCUCUGAUUGGACAGCAGUUGAACCAAUCAGUGGAAGUUAGCUGUCAUUAUGAAUCAGUGAAAGCCUUUUAUUUUUAAUGAUUUAAUUCUUACCUGUUGCAUUUGAGAAGAUUGUGACGUUGUGCAGGACUCAUUUCAAUCAAUGUCUGUCUUGUCAGAGGUGUUGAUCAACAUUUAGAUCAGAGCUGGCCAAUCAGGAGACAGAAUGUAUUUGUUGACUUGUAUAAAGCCAAUGAAUACACUUAUAGAAAUAUUUUGGAUCAAAAGAUGGAUUGAAGGGAAGGAGGGAAUGAAAUAAAGAACGUGUACUGUAUAGUUCAGUGUGAGUGAACAUGGUUGUGAAUAUGUGUAUGGGUGUGUGUGUGUUUUGAGCAUUGGUAAUAAACUCUUUAUAAUUCA